UCCACUACAACCGUAUGGACUUACUGGACAUUGGUUUCCAGCAGAAAAUGACGGUUUGUAGCGAUUUCCAUCGCAUGCACAAUAUUCCGGACGAGAUAGCGAGACCAGCUGGGUCUCCGUGGAUUGUUAUCGGAAGCAAAGCGAAGGAGGCGGCGUCGGGAGAGGAAGCAAAAGCGAGGCUGCAGGCAGAGCCGGCCUGUUGACUAAGCUCAGAAAACAGCCACUCAAAUCUCCACUGCCAAGCCUCUACCUCUCCAACGCCAGAUCCAUGUAAACAAGACGGACGAUUUGGAAUUACAGCUGGAAUUACCUUAUUCUAUUCUAUAAUCAGCUGGUCAGUGCUAUACUCAAUACUUAAGUGACUUACCCAUCCAAUGAGGAUUCUUGUUUACAAGAUGCCACAUCUGAGUCGCUGACAAAUCCUGAAUUUCUGUAAAGAUAACUGUCCAGAGAUUUAUAAGCACGCAGUGCUUCACCACUGAACAGCGAGGGAAAGUUAAUGAGCGUUUCGUUAUGUCUGGAGGCGAGCGUCUGUUCCAAUGUGAGGAUCCGGCUGUAUGGAGAGGAAUUUAUGCGAAAUACUGGGCUGUGGUGGAUGCAAAGGCUGCUGAGAAGAAGAAGAAGAGUUCAACGAAACUGUUGGAAUUAGAGAAAUGGUAUCAGGAGGAGCUUCCAGCAGCCAUUUUAGCUCGGACAGAGCGUUCUUUGACGCACCCCGAAUUGGUCAAACUCAUGGAGUGGAAAUUAACCAGGGGGAAGUUCCGUCCCCGGCUCAAGCAGCUGAUUGGCUCAAACAGCGAGGAGGCGGUGCUUUGCUGCACCAAGAAGGCAUUUGCGGUCCUUCCUGACGUCCGAUCAGCAAUCGCAGAGCUGAGCACGCUCAAAGGGCUCGGACCUGCUACGGCAUCAGCUGUAUUAGCAGCAGGAGCUCCUGGAGAAGUCGCCUUCAUGGCUGAUGAGGUCGUCGAGAGCGUCGCCAAGCUGAGACCGGUUCAGUACACAGCUAAGCACUUCUCUCUCUUUUUGGAGGAAAUACUGCGCAAAACACGCCAGCUCAACAAAGCAGACAAACAGAAUGAUUGGACUCCUCAUAAGGUGGAGCUGUGCUUAUGGGCGUAUGCUGUCGCCAGUCAGAUUCAGCCCUCCCUGCUGGAAGCAUUUCCCCCGAGUUACAGCACCAACAGAGAGAACAAAAAGGAGGAGACCGAAGAACGGCCAUCCAAGAGACACAAGACGGACUAAUGUACGCCGGAUCGUGUGUUGCGCCUUGCAAUAUUGGCAUCUAAUGAAUCGAAACCCAAUGCUCUGAAGAAGAGAAGAUGAUGUACCAUCUUGAUGAUCAUGACAAUUCCAAACUCGUUCAUUUCUUAACCUGAAGCACUGAAUCUAGGCGGCGAUCUUGUCAAAAUUAGCGUCCCCAAAAUCUCGGAUGGUAAAAACUUCUUUUUAAUGAUGUGAUGUGAAGAUAUAAAUUUGCUUUGAAACAAGAAAUCCAGUUUAAUUUCAUUAUCACAUAAAUGUGCUUCAUGCAAAUGAGA